UCACCGCCACCACCAUCACCACCAUCACCACCACCACCACCACCAUCACCACCAGCACCAGAGAUACUUACCAGCCUCCUUCCGUGCUCCUCGCUUCAUCUCCUCUUCCUCCUCCUCCUCCUCCUCCUCCUCGUCUUCCUCGUCCUCCUCCGGCUUCUGAAAUACAGUUGAUGUGAUUCUUCGGUCUCCUCCUCCUCCUCCUCCUCUUCCUCCUCCUCCAUCAGCUAUUCCUCCUCCUCCUCCUCCUCCUCCUCCAUCUGCGCCUCGUGAUGGAAGACGAGGAGAGCCCAGAGGAGUGCAAGGUCUGCAUCACCAACUAUGACAAGGCCAAGCGGCGCCCAAGAACCCUCCCCUGCGGCCACUCCUUCUGCUCGCUCUGCCUGGCCGGGAUGCUCAAGGACGAAGGACUCACAUGCCCAUCCUGCAGGAAUACUCACCAUGCCACCUCCACGGACGCCUUCCCCAUCAGCUACGACAUGGAGGCAAUCAUCAGGAAGCUCAAGAUCCUUCAGUACAAAGCGGAGUUCAGUAGCAGCCCGGACGGUCCUACGGCGGUGAAGGAGAAGCAGGAAUCCUUACGAAGAACAAUGACCCGUCUUCAGGAAACCCUCACGGAGUUGGGGCGUUACGAGGACCAGCUGCAGGAUUGGGUCAGGGAUCACAAUGACAUCCUUACGAGUCUUCAGGAGCUGGUGGCGAGGAAUCAGGCCGCGGUGAGACUCCUGCAGGAUGAACAAGGCAUCCUGCAGUACCAGAGGAGCAAAGGGGACGAGGCGUUGCGGCAGCUGGAGGCCAUGGAGGGGUCCUUAGGGGCAGCCUCGAGUCCCCAGGAGGCGGUGAGUGCCAUCGACGAGAGUGAGGCGCGGAGCAGCGAGGCGGAGGACUGGAUGGACCACUGCCGCGCCAUCUUCCCCGACCAGAACACGGCGCACACCUCCCUCACGGUGCGGAAGGUGAGCGGCCGGGCCCUUGAGGAGGCGAAGAAGGGCGAGGAGCCAGGCACCCCCCCACCCGAACAGCGGCCCCCCCCUGAAGCCCCCAGCACCCCCCUCACCAUCAUGGAGAAGGUGACCCUCAUCGCCCCCGUGCUGACAGUGGAGGCACUGCGGCGCUUGGGAGAUCCCGUCAGGAGUCUGCUGGAGGAGGGGCGAGUCUCGGCCGUCCAGCAGGAGGGGAGGGACGGGGGACCACCACACAGCUCGCGGCUCGCCAGACUCUCCCUCCUCGGCGGCCAAGUCCACCUCCACGCCCUCGAAGAUCAGACAGAAUUUACGCCCGCGCCUACACACUCGAUUCCGCACGAGGCUUUGGUACAACUACUGGACUACACUUCUAGCCUCGUAUUCCUGCAACUGGCCUGGGCGGGGAGCGAGGGCGGGAUGGUCUACAUACGCCUCAGCCCGGACACCGAACUCUCCAGGCAAUUCCUUCUCCUGUGCAGCGGCGAAAAAGGUCCCUCCUACCGGCGCUCCUGUCUCUUGGGGGUAUGGAACAAGGGGACGGAGUUUGAGAUGGUCGGUGGGGGGGACUAUGAGAGAAAUGACGGCCAUGGAGGUGCCCCUAUACUCGAGGACAUGAGACCACGAAGAGAGUAUCAAAGGCCGGCGCUAGCGGGGACCCUGAGAGCUAUGCAUGGUCCCGUGAGUAGCAAGAGUGCCCAGUUCUCCAUCAGUACCCAGGAUUGCGCGAGCCGGGAGUGGCACUGGGCGUUCGGGCGUGUGGAGAAAGGUUUGGAGGUGGUGCGAGCAGCGGCCGGGUACAAGAACGUGAAGGAGGUGAUGGUGGUGGAUUGUGGUGUUGUGCUGCCGUGGUGAUGCGUGGUGUGGUGUGUGUGGUGAGGUGUGGGGAUGUGGGUAUAGGUGUGGAGUGUGUAUUUAUGCGUGUGGUGAUAGAUUUUAAGGUGUGACAAAUUAGUGGUGAGUGAAAAACUGAGAUGAAUUUGUGGGGAUGUGGGUAAAGGUAUGGACUGUGUUUUUAUGCUUGUGGUGAUGAAUUUUAAGGUGUGACAAAUUAGUGGUGAGUGAAAAACUGAGAUGAUUUUGUGGUGAUGUGUCGUGUGGAAGAGUGUGAUGUACUGUUAACUUAUCUAGAGAGAUGUGGAAUGUGUGAUGAGUGUGAAAACGAUAUGAUGACAAUAAUGUGAUGAUAUGCUAUGUGUGAUGACCAUGGUGAUGUGAAGGUCUAUAGAUAGAACCGUUGUGAUAUGUAAUGUGAUGUGUGGUGACGUGUGAUGUGCCGUGAUUUAGUAGAUAGCUAUUGUUAAACUUCACGUGGAGAGGAGUGAAGAGGCGAGACAUGGGGUGCAAGAUUCCAGCGCAAAGACAAGGAAGUUUACAAGCAUGAAGACAAGGAAGUUUAAAAGCAUGAAGACAAGGAAGUUUACAAGUAUGAAGACAAGGAAGUUUACAAGCAUGAAGACAAGGAAGUUUACAAGCAUGAAGACAAGGAAGUUUACAAGCAUGAAGACAAGGAAGUUUACCAGCAUGAAGACAAGGAAGUUUACAAGCAUGAAGACAAGGAAGUUUAAAAGCAUGAAGACAAGGAAGUUUACAAGUAUGAAGACAAGGAAGUUUACAAGCAUGAAGACAAGGAAGUUUACAAGCAUGAAGACAAGGAAGUUUACAAGCAUGAGGACAAGGAAGUUUACAAGCAUGAAGACAAGGAAGUUUACAAGCAUGAAGACAAGGAAGUUUACAAGCAUGAAGACAAGGAAGUUUACAAGCAUGAAGACAAGGAAGUUUACAAGCAUGAAGACAAGGAAGUUUACAAGCAUGAAGACAAGGAGGUUUACAAGCAUGAAGACAAGGAAGUUUACAAGCAUGAAGACAAGGGAGUUUACAAGCAUGAAGACAAGGAAGUUUACAAGCAUGAAGGCAAGGAAGUUUACAAGCAUGAAGGCAAGGAAGUUUACAAGCAUGAAGACAAGGAAAUUUACAAGCAUGAAGGCAAGGAAGUUUACAAGCAUGAAGGCAAGGAAGUUUACAAGCAUGAAGACAAGGAAGUUUACAAGCAUGAAGGCAAGGAAGUUUACAAGCAUGAAGACAAGGAAGUUUACAAGCAUGAAGGCAAGGAAGUUUACAGGCAUGAAGACAAGGAAGUUUACAGGCAUGAAGACAAGGAAGUUUACAAGCAUGAAGACAAGGAAGUUUACAAGCAUGAAGACAAGGAAGUUUACAAGCAUGAAGACAAGGAAGUUUACAAGCAUGAAGACGCAGGAAGUUGUAAGUAUAAACAAGAUUACAAGCUCAGGAAAGUAAAAAUGAGAGAAAACAAGUAAAUUUACGAGCAUGAUGACAGAAUAAAGUGUAAAUACAAGGAAAGGGCAAAAGAAGAGAAAACAAGAAGUAAAAACAAAACAAAUGCAAACAAAGAGAAAGACUAAAGAAAAAGAGGGAAAGACAAAGAAAUAAAACACAAAAAAUAAAACGUAAGUAAUGAAAUAAAACACAUAAGACACGAAGAAAACAAAAGAAGCAUAAAGGAGGAGAAAGAAAUAGAAAAAAAGAGGAUGAGAAGAAGAAAAAAACCCUGCAAAAGGAAAACAAUGAUAAUGUAAAAAAAAAAAAGCAGGAGAAAGUGAAAGGCAAAGAAAUGAAGAACAAAUAAAAAAACAAACAAAAGAAAACAAAUCAAAACAUAAAACACAAAUAAAAAGUAAAACAAACCAAAAACAUCAAAGAAAAACAAAACAAAAAACAACCCACGAAACUAACCCCAACAAACCCUCAAAGAAAGCCCAAACAAGCGCGCCUCCCCAAAAAACAAACAAACCUUUAAUAAACGAUAAGAAUAAAAAACAAACAAACACA